AUGAUAGUCAUCAAAGCAGGCAUCCUGGCCUUGAUAUGGGCCGCAUUUUUGCUCGUGAACGGACAGCCAAGUCCCGAGGAACUUGCUCCGUUACUCGCUGGUCUCUUUGACAGACCCACUCAGGAGGCUAGUGGGACUGCCACGGAUCUGCAGAAGAGAGUUCCCUUGAUGACUGAUGACCCUACGGUUGCCCCUCUCAUCGACCUUCAAGUCUUUGCGCCACCCGUUGUACCGAAAGGCGGGACAAGUUGCACGGUCAAACUGCUUGAACAUUCAUUCGGCGUGGAUUCGUUCAACAAACCAGCUAUAGUGUCUUACCUCCCGCCGGUGUCGCCACAGUGCGGGAAGGUCGGGGAAUGGGCAGCUAUAAGCCUAAACCUUUCUGUGUUCUCGAUAGGGACACAGUAUGAUCGACUUGGUGCUAUCUACUUGUCUCAUACGGAGAUUUGGCGCACGUCGAGUGCUGAGCCUACGAAGACGGGAACGAUAUGGACUACCAUCAAGGAUAUGACCAAGUAUACCCCUUUGUUUGCCAAACCAGGCGACUUGAUGAUGGAUUUUGGUAACAUCGUCGACACGAGCCUGCUUCUAGAUGCUGCGUUUGACGUAACAAUCACGGCAACGUUCUAUGCUCCUACGAAAGCCUUCCCAACCCCUGACGCCCCUGAUCUCAUUAUUCCCCUGUCCAACUUGUCACCGACGCUCCCUAACUUCUUCACAGUCGACAACGACGCAGGAGCUACAACGGUAAUAGACAUACCAGACACAGCCGAGGAGGCGUACGUGGAAAUAAUCUGCUCCGGAAACUCGGCAGAAGAAUUUUGGUAUCUCAAUACGCCAGACGAGUUCAUCGAUACUUUCCCUCCCGAUGCAGGACUCAUAGGCAAAGGACCUUUUCGCGAAGUCCAGGUCCUGGUCGACAGACAGUUGGCAGGCGUUGUUUGGCCCCAUGCAGUCAUCUAUACGGGUGGUAUAACACCGUCGAACUGGCGGCCGUUGACCUCAUUCGGGGCGUACGACCAACCCACCUACUGGAUAUCAAUCACACCCUUCAUCCCACAACUCUUAACAGCAAACCGAUCCCAUACCAUUACGUUACGAGUCCAAGGCCAAGGAUCCAACCCAUCAAUCAAUUCCAACUGGUUUGUUUCAGGUAGUGUACACAUCCGGAAGGGAAAGGGGAAGGUCACGGGUAAGCUGACGAAACAUGAAGUUGGUCCGCUGGAAAUCAAGACGACUGGCGGAGCGACAGCUGGCAACAAGACGCUGCACACCAGGGUCACUGCAAAGAGGAAACUUGUGGUGGAGGCAGAAUUGAAGACCUCCCACGGGAGACAAACGGUCACUUUCACGCAGGACUUGGAGUACACCAACGAGGCAGAUUACGAGGACGAAGGGUGGAUUCAACGAGGAGCACAGUCGACCAUAGGAACGACAGAGGCCCGGCACGGUGUACGACUGGUUCUUCGAGAUGCGUUUUCGUACCCAUUGGCCGUAUUUUCGAAUUAUUCGCUAUUCACUCAGGAACUCGGCGGUUAUGGCUCUGACAUUCAUCAAAACCACACUAGGGCUUUGCAGCCCCCAUUUGGCUUCCAGAGAAGUAUACAUUCGGUUCAGCACGCCAAAGGUCAAAUAGGGAUGGAUGAUUGGCCUGGGCUGAGACAUGCAAUUAACGGCACGGGGGAGACGACGCAGUUGUUCGCAUACAGUGAUGGGAGGGGGGAGACAUACUUCAGGGACGUGGCAGCGAUGAAUGAUGGUUGGGUUAAGGACGAGGUGUGGGGGACGUUGAAAGAUGCGAAUCCACCCGUACCGAGGAGUCAGAUAUUCGGACCUGGCGGAGGACCUGGCUUCAGACGCAUGGUCGCAAGAGGCAGAAGAUAA